AUGAUAUUUUGUUCUGAUAAUCUUAUAUUAGCGGGAUUCAUACUUAUUUCAUUAUUAUUAAUAAAAGGACCUAACUUUUAGUAUUAUUGGUUUAUUUUUAAUGGAAUUUGGAUUCAUUUAUAUUUGGAUGGUACAGUCGGAUAUUGGCAAUAACAUUAAUGGUAAUCAAUAAUUGUAUUAUUUAUUAAGGCUCUUCUAAAAAUAUAGUGAAUUAGAUUUGAGAUAUCCAUUAAAAGAGCCUACAUUGAUGACAAUUUCAGCUAUUGAAUUUUAUAUUAUGGGACCCUUAUGUGUAUGGAUUGCUUUAAGAAUUAAAUAUUAAAAAAAUGAGAUUUUAACAAAUUAUUUGAUUGGAUUGACUUCAGCUAUAUAGAUAAUGGGAACUAUAUUCUUUGUAUCUAAUGAAUGGUCUAGAGAUUUUAAAGAUGUUUGUCAAUAAGGUUGCUUCACAUUUACUUUUGCAAAUAUUUUUUAUUUUUGGAUAUUUUUUGUUGCUGCGAAUCCAGUUUGGAUUAUUGUUCCAUUUUAAUAAAUAAUUACAUCAUAUAACAAUCUGAAAAAAUAGUUUGAUACAUAAAAAAGCAAAAAGGCUUGA